AAUCGAAAAUCAUCAAGUAUCAUCUCAUAAGUUUUUCAUCCAAAUUCGAAUUAAUACCUCCAUGUGAUUAGUUUAUGUACAAAAAAUAAUUUUUGCACAAUGCUUCGUUAUGCGGAACGGCUUCUAAAAGGGGUUUAUCCCCUUAUGUCCAGGCAAGUAUUACAACGUUACGCACACCAGGUGCCCGAGAAACUGAAAAAGGUCGAAACGGACAAGGACCCGGAGUUCUCGGAAAUGGUGCUGUACUAUUACCACAAGGCCGCCCAGACCAUGGAACCGGCAUUGCUCAAGGAAAUGGAGAAGUAUCCGCAUAUGAAGCCGGAGGAGCGUCAGGCUCGUGUCACCGCCAUCCUGAAUCUGCUCGGUAGUGUUUCCACCUCCGUGGAGGUUAAUUUUCCCAUUGUGCGCAAGAACGGCACCUACGAAAUCAUCAGCGGUUAUCGUUCACAUCAUGUACGCCAUCGAUUGCCUCUCAAGGGCGGGAUCCGCUACGCUCUGGACGUGAACGAAAGUGAAGUGAAGGCCCUGGCCGCCAUUAUGACGUUCAAGUGUGCCUGCGUGAAUGUACCUUAUGGUGGAUCCAAGGGCGGAGUUUGCAUCGACCCAAAGAAGUAUACGGUGGAUGAGCUGCAGACGAUCACACGGCGUUACACGAUGGAGCUGCUCAAGCGUAAUAUGAUUGGUCCCGGCAUCGAUGUACCCGCACCCGAUGUGAACACUGGGCCGCGUGAGAUGAGCUGGAUUGUGGAUCAGUACCAGAAGACCUUUGGCUACAAGGACAUCAACUCGUCGGCUAUUGUCACCGGGAAGCCCAUUCACAAUGGCGGCAUCAAUGGUCGCCAUUCGGCCACGGGCAGAGGCGUUUGGAAGGCGGGCGAUCUCUUCCUCAAGGAUAAGGAGUGGAUGGAUCUGAUCAAGUGGAAGACGGGAUGGAAGGACAAGACGGUCAUAGUGCAGGGCUUUGGCAAUGUGGGCUCCUUUGCUGCCAAAUAUGUGCACGAGGCGGGCGCCAAGGUCAUCGGCAUCAAGGAGUUUGAUGUGUCUCUCUACAAUAAGGACGGCAUUGAUAUUAAUGACCUUUUCGAAUACACGGAGGAAAAGAAGACUAUUAAAGGAUAUCCGAAGGCUGAGGAGUCCAAGGAGGACUUGCUGAUCGCCGAAGCCGACAUCCUUAUGCCCUGCGCCACCCAGAAGGUGAUAACCACCGACAAUGCCAAGGACAUAAAGGCCAAGCUGAUUCUCGAGGGCGCCAACGGACCAACAACACCAUCUGGCGAAAAGAUCCUGUUGGAUAAGGGAGUGCUCCUAGUUCCCGAUCUCUAUUGCAAUGCUGGCGGUGUAACCGUAUCCUACUUUGAGUACCUUAAAAACAUUAACCACGUGUCCUAUGGCAAAAUGAAUUCCAAAUCCACAUCCGAGCUAAUUAUCGAACUGAUGAACUCCAUCAACGAGUCCAUGCAGAAAUGCCCCGAUAAUGAAUUCCCGCCCAUAUGCCCCAAUAAGAAACUGAAAAGGAUACAACAAUGCACCACCGAGGCGGAUAUAGUGGAUUCAGCUCUUCAAACCGUCAUGGAAUCUGCGGCACGUGGCAUCAAGGAGAUGGCUCACAAGUUUGAACUGUGUAACGAUUUGCGGAGGGCCGCUUACGUUUGGUCCUCCUUCAAAAUUUUCCAGGCUAUGGAAAGUUCCGGCAUUUCUCAACAGUAGUGAUUUUUACUGAAGUACAUAUGAAAUUCACAGU